AUGUAUACAAAAUAUAUUACAUUAAUAUGUUGUAUUGGAUUAGUAUUAGCUUUACCAGCUGAAGAAUCUCGUGGCCAUGCUAGAAAUGCAAUUGGCAAUGGUGAAACUGAUAUUAUGGAUAGCAUCUAUAAUGAUUGUUUAAGGAAGGAUUCAGUGUCAUGUGUAAAAUAUAAAUUAUUUAAUUUUGUUGAUAAAGUAUUAGGUGCACGUGAUCAAUUUGCAUUAACUGAAGGUGUUACAGUUGUUAAAACUCCGGGUAGUCCAGAUAAUACAGGUGGUGCUCCACGUGCUAUAUCUGCUGAUGAUUCAAUUGAAUCAUUAUUAUUAAAUCGUGUAUCAAAUUUUUUACAAUCACAUACAAUUAAAGUUGAAUUAAAUGGUGCUGAUAUUGUUAAUGCUGUAUCAUCAACUGGUCGAGCACUUGAAGAUGUAUCAGAUAGUUUAUUUGGUGAUGAUAAUAAUACAUUAAAUGGUGUCGAAGAAUCAAGAGGUAAAAAAAAGAAAGCAGCUAAAAUUUUGGGUCCUAUAUUAGCAUUAGUUGCAUUAAAAGCAGCUGCAUUAUUACCAUUAUUAUUGGGUGCAAUUGCAUUAAUUGCUGGUAAAGCAUUAUUAAUUGGUAAAAUUGCAUUAGUAUUAUCAGCAAUUAUUGGUUUGAAAAAAUUAUUAAGUCAAGAGAAACAUGUUACAUAUGAAGUUGUAGCACAUCCACAUCAUUCAUCAAGUCAUUCAGCAAGUCAUGAUUCAUAUGCUGGAGGUUAUAGUGCUGGUGGUGAUGUUGGUGGUUAUGGUAGCAGUGGGCAUGGUGGAUGGGGACGUUCAAUUGAUGCUCAAGAUUUAGCAUAUGCUGCACAAAAACCACAACAAUUACAACAACAACAGCCACAACAAUAAAUUAAGAUUUAAAGAAAAACAAUGAAAAUACAAUAUAAUAAAAAAAAAAACUAAAACAAAAAAAAUGGACGAAAUAAAAACAAAA